AUGAGGCGGGGUAACCCGACGACGACGCACGAUCGGCGGCUCAUGUGUCAUCGUCAUGGACUUGCAGGUCCUUCGAGCAGCCGCAGCAUCUGUGAUAGCAGAACCUCGGGUGGAGCACGUCGGAGGACUAUCCCCCGAGCGCUCCGGGGCACGAGUUCACCGAGCGAAGGCGCUGACGAUGGCAGUAUCGGCGGAAGCAGCAGCAGCGUUGGGGACGGCGCGGGUGGUCUAUCGGGCGACGGAGACGGGGCGAAAGGAGAAGAGGAAGCAGAGCAGCAAUCCUUGGCAAGUCUGGUGGAGUCCACCUUCGUGCUGGCGGCAGCGGGGAACAGCUACGAGAUGGGCCUCAAGGCCUUCAUUUCGACGAUCAAGGAGGCGUACGAGAGGGGGUACACGGUCCCGGCCUUGACGAUGGAGGUCUCCUUCGUCCCUACAAAGACGGCGGGGCGCGACCUUCACCCGGAUGAAGUCGAGCUUCGAUCGGUCUGGAUUGCUCUCGUCUACCUCACGCUCGAGAAUGCCAAUUGGCCGCAGAAGGUUCAACGAGCGCAUGAGAUCUCAGCGCCAUUCAUGGACCGGUUUGCGGAAUUUGUCAAGAAGGUGAUGAACGGCGCUGCCUCGGGACACACCCUCCAGACGCUGAAGCUUGAGGAGGUGAUGAGAAGAGGAGCGGAGCCGCGAACUCCGAUGGAGGCCGCCGUGCUCUCGCAGAGCAUGCGAAUAGUCUUCGCUACGCUAGACCUCAUGAAGGAAGGAUGGAGUGGAUAA